AUGUCUUUACCAAACCUCCCAGUUGAAUUACUUUUCUAUAUUACUACCCUUCUCCUCCCAUUGGUGCAAGAUGUGAAUUCUCUUGCUAAGACAUCUAAAAUACUAAUGUCUCUUUCAUGGGCUGCUGGAAAUAGCCAUACUGAGGUCUCUGUAAUUCUUCUCUAUGCGGAGAAGAUAAACUCAAAUAUACCUGAUAUAUAUCUUGAGACUUUACUUACCUGGACAGCAGGAUAUGACCAGUCUUCUCUAUCUACAAUAUGUAAUUUGUCCAGGCCAACAACAAUCACAGAAGCUGUGCAUCUAAAGGCAGAUAAUUAUCUUAUUAUCAUGAAAUUAUUAUUAUUGACAAAAAAUAUCCAGCCGGAUUGCUGGACUAAGAAAAUCUUGAAUAAGUAUUUAGGAGUUAUCCAGCGCCUUCUAGUAAUUAAAGAUAUGGAUCUGAACUUUGGAAGCCGGACUUUAUUAUCAGCUGUUACAGCUAGAUAUACAGAUAUAAUAGAGACUCUUCUUGCUUAUAAAAAGAUUAAUCUGAGUUUAUUUAAUAAAUAUAAUACUACAAUACUCGCGAGUAGGAAGGAUAAAAAUAGUAUAAUACUACUUAUAUUUACGGCUGAGAGAGGAUAUACUGAUUUUGACUUAAUAAAGACGAACCAGUCAUCUAAUUUUACACUGUCAGAAUUAACUGAGGAUAUUGUAAGGGUGUUUAAUGAAUAUAAGAGCCGGUAUUGA